UUGUCAUAUACUGUUCCCUGAGAGAGGGAGAGAGAAGGAGAGAGCGCUUAUAACCAAACAGAAGCACACACACACACACACUCACACACACACACACACUCAGAGAGAAGACAGUCCCAUCUCUUCAUUCCCUGUCUGCUCAGUGUCUGAGACUGAACACAGUGAGUUUUGCUCCUCUCUGUAUCUUAAAGGGUUUCCAUGCAGGGACAGAUAGCGGACUAAUACUGGGCCCAACAGGAAAAUGGUUCCAGUUAAACUCCUCAUUCUGGGAGCUCAGAACACUGGAAAAACAGCACUGUGUGUUCGUUUCAUAACCAAGCGCUUCAUUGGUGAAUACGACCAUAAGAAGGAGGUCACCUACCGAUGCAGUCGGGUGGUGGACCAGGAAGCUAUUGACCUGGAGAUAUUGGAUAUAGCCUGUAAGGAAAACUGUGUGGCUUCUUUGGAGUCCUCCAUCCGCUGGGCAGAUGGUUUCCUGCUGCUCUACUCCAUCACACAACGCCUCAGCUUCCUGGAGGUCCCUCAGCUCAAGAAACUCAUCGACCAGACCAAACAGAGUCUGGUUGUUCCCACAGUUCUGGUAGCCAAUAAGGCAGACUUGGAAAUUGGCAGGGAGGUGACAACAGAGGAAGGACAGAGACUGGCAAAGGACUUAAGGUGCAGUUUCAGGGAGCUGUCGGUCGCAGAAGCUGUUUUAGCUGUGGAAGCAGCCGUGUUUCAGCUCAUCAGGUUGGUGUUGGAUCAGCAGCGCCCUCUUCCUGAUCGCCGCUCCUACAUGCUGACCGUUCGCCACGCUCUGACCAGGAAGCUAACCCGAUCUAAGACCAUGCAGUGGUGACCGCUGCAAACAAACAGUUCACUGGUUGUUAUCGUGGGACAUUUGAGAACACUCUUCACUUAUUUGGCUGUUUUCUAGCUUCAGUCUGGAGCUCCUUGCUUUCUGUAUUCAGGGUUGUUGAGACCUGUGGGUGUCACUAAGGAUCAUGCAGGGAAAGUGUGCAACAUCAGAGAAAUGCUUUGAUAUUAAAAGCAAAUCACUGUAGAUAAAAAGUGUGAGCUUGCCUGCUUUAGAGAGAUGACUGAACAUACAAACUCCAAUUUCAGUUUGCAGUUCUGUUGAUAUUACUGCACAGUUCCAUCUCUGAGGUUGGAUCUGGAUGAAUACAACAAUAGAGAGAUAAAUGUCUUCAGUUUAAUGGGUGGAGGAGGCGCAAAUAUAAAGUGGUCCAAAUGCACUUCCAAAGACAGAUGAUGUUCCUUUUUAAGUUGCAUUUUAGAUACUCACCAAGUUAUUUUAGAAUACAAAAAUAUCUGUGCAGUUGGGGUCGAAAUAUGGCGAUAAUCAGAAUAUAUUUCUCUUAUUGCAGCCCAUAUUUUUGUUUACUGACAUGAUUAAACAGUUGCACUUGGUUAAGUGCAUUUGGCUCUAUCCUUAUGUCCUUAUAUGUAAUGUGUUGUAUUCUCCAGUAGAGGGCGGUACAGCCAUUUCAUCCUGUGCAGACUCACCACAGUCCCACAGUGUAUCAAAUUCACUAUUUGACCAAAAGUAUUUGAGUAUCCCUGAUGAGUUUGAUACGGAAGAAUCUGACCCAGAUUAAGUCAGAUCGAAAAUCUGAAAGGAGGUUGUUAUAGGAGAUGAUUAAUGCCUAUGGUUUUGGACUAAGAAUCAUAUGGGUAUAAUGUUGGUGUCCAUGUAGUUUUCGCCUGGCUGUUAACUUCAUGGAUCAGUUUUAUAACUUUUACAAAAAUACAAGGAUCUAACCAGUCUGUGAGCUAGUCAGUGAAGUUGGUAAGUAAGGCAUAUAAACUUGUAGGAGUGCGUAGAUAAUAUAACAUUGUGUAAAGAAUGAGGCUGGCUUUGAUUACAGUCUUGGCCUUAUUUAACUCAAUGUUCCUCUCCAUGCAUCUCCCUCUCUUUCUCCUCAUGGCACAUUCUGAACUUCUGAACUUUACGAUCAGCGAGAGACAUCCGAACAAAGAGACACAGGAAAAGGCAACGCAGAAAUUAAGAGAGACUAUAACAGGGAAGGAAAACAUUGGGAUUCUUUGGCAUGUGAUUCGUCUGUACGGAGGAGAGAAAGGAACGACAAGCAGCUGUUUAUAUAAACUGCUCUGGCUGCUCACUCCUAAAGGCCUGAUGGGAAAAUUGACUGGGUACUGAUUUCCAUCUCACCACUCUGUCCUCCCCCAUGAUCAUUUAUUAUACGUCAACUGCUCCACCCAACGACAACUAACUAACCAACCAACCUCAGAACCCCACUGGGCUCCAUGUACAAACACAGAGGAUGAAAAUGUGCAGACAGAUUUUGGCUUUAAAGAUUUUCAUUAUACCACAUCCCAUUUUUGAUUCUAUUUAUGGCUGGUAUUUUUCAGCAUUACCCAUUCAAUGUUUUGUAGUAAAUCUGUCACUGGUGGGGUCCGCCUUUCCCACGUAUUAU